CGAUUGCGUUCAGUUCAGUGGACCAGAAGCAAACAGUGUACAAAAAUCAUAUUUUUUGAUCAUUUAAAUUUGGCUACACCGAAAAUGAAAAUCGCAUUCAUCACUUUGUGCCUUGUGGCAGCUGUUGCGGCUAUUCCUUUGCAACAACAUCGACUGAGACGUGAUGUCUCCGAAAUUUUAUCAGAACCGUUAAAUGAGUACCUGCCGCCUGUAUCAGAGGCUGCUGAACCACAAAAUAUCUAUUUGCCUCCUGUGGAAUCGGUUAGCGAACCAGCAGAGCCAGUUGGUGAAGAAAUUCCAGCUGCAGAAGUUAACAGCGCUGUAGAAACUGAAGUUGUCGAUGCCGCUACCGAAGCAGUACCCGAUGCCACUGUCCUCGGCGAGAAUGGCUACGAAUACCGCACCGUACGCAAGCUUCGUUUCCGCCAACGUCGUGAUGUUUCACAUUUAAAUCUGGGUUACUUGCCACCAGUAGCAGCUCCUAAGUUAGCUAACAGUUAUUUGCCGCCGCAAUUAGAUGUGCCAGAGGAGAUUCCACAACUGAAACUUGCCAAUGAAUAUUUGCCGCCUGUAAAUGAAGAGCUUCCAGUUAAAGAGCGCACUACGGAGGCAGUUGAAACUGAAGCACCAGAGACAGAAGCACCCACCACUGCAGUACCAACAACAACCGAGGCACCAACCACAACUGAAGCGGCACCUGUGGAGUCAGCCGUAUUCGCAGAUGACGGUUAUCAUUAUAGAACACCAGCAGUGUUGCCAGACUUGGGUUUGUUGCCUUUGGUUAAAGUAGCUGAGCCAGGCGCAGCACCAGCUGCUGUAACUAAGACAGAGCCUCUGCACGAAGCAGAAGUUGAGACAGAACCCGAAGCAGCGGUGGUGCAAGAGCCCGAACCAGUUGAAGACACCGAGGCAGUUAUUGCUGCCGAGCCCGAACGCGCUUACUUGCCUCCGCUGGAAGAAGGUGUGGUCGAAGCUGAGGGUCCCGUUGGUGAGACAGCUACAUUGCUCGAUGAUGGCUAUCACUAUCGUGUCGUCAAACGUGUUAGAUUGUUUUAGAGCAAAUAGGCACAGUUAUUAGAAUAUUAAAAUGUCGCGACCUUAUUUUACUCUUUUUUUCUUAUUCAUAAAUUAUUGACUUGUUUUUAGCACACAUUUUCAACAAACAUGCCAACACGUAUAUAUUUAAUUAAUGAAAUUGGUUAUUCAUCUUAUAUAUGAAAAAUACAAAUUUAUAUUUACAAGACAAAUAAAUG